AAACAUCUGAAGGAGGCAAUGUUGGGAGAAAUUAUUAACGAAUUUGCUAGGACUUUGACCGCCUUAAUCUCACCGAGCACGAGGUAAGGUCCUCAGUGGCGGAGGAAAAUAGAAAAAAAUUGCAACCACUCCCACUUCAGGGCAAAGUCUCCAACUGAGAAUAGAAACCGAAAGUGUAGCCGGAGAAUCGGUCCAGCUGAUUGAGUUUCGCCGGGCAAAGCAACAGGAUCAGAAUCCAGGAGCGAAUCUACCAGCCUGCUGUGAUUCCCAGCGGCCGAAGUUGUUAAGUUUGAGAAGCCGGGCUCCGGAUUGCUUUGCGCGGAAUCGCUCCCUUUCCCGGCGGCUACACCAGUUGCAGCAGCAUGGAAGCGGCCGCCGCCAGCCCAUCCCGGGACGAGUGCAUUCUCUACCUGAUCUCUUGCUUUAGGACCAGGAUCAAGAGCAGCGUCCAAGUGAAUCGAGUGCUGGAUUUGAUGCCGUCCCUCAGCCUCGACCAAAAACUUCAACUCCGCGCCGUGGCUGGAGAAAAGGGGGACGUGGAAGCCGCGGAGAAGCUGCUCACCGUGGUGGAGAGAGAGGCUGCCGACUCGCCCGGCUUAUGCCAGGAGUUCUGCGAGGCGCUGGUGCAGGGAGGCUACGCUGCCGCCAAUUACCUGGAUCCCAGCCUGAACGAACUGCCCUCGCCCUCUUUGGAAGCGGCCGGCGACCUGGGCAAGGCUCUGGUUAACCUGUUCUUCGAUCGCCUCACCGACACGCUACAGGCCACUCAGGUGGCUUUGAAGUGUUUGAAAAAGGGGCUCUUGGAUCUGGAAGACGUAGAGCGGGUAGUCGUAGAAAAGGCUAAAGAGGGGAAUAAACCGGCCGUGAGAGAAAUGCUUUAUAGGAUAAUACAGAAGAAAGAAUGGUUGUCACCCUUUCUAGAAGCCCUGGGUGAAGCGGGCCAUGCAAACAUGGCUGCUUACAUAAGUGGGCACCCAAACGAACAAGGUGUAAAUGGAGUCUCUGAGUCAUCAGAUGAAAUGUAUGAGGCACCAAGUUCUGAAAUUGUGGAGAAUCUGCAGCCAAGAACUGAAUUACAAGAAGCUGUGGAAGAUGAGAAGAACGUAUCAGAAAAAUCAUUUGAAGACCUUCCUGCAAUUUCAGAAUCUGAUGUCAGUGAUGUGAAUACAAACUUUGGACAGAUGAACCUUUACUGUGAUGAUUCAGAUCAUGUUGAAAGUAGAGACCAAAGACCUUCCUCUGAAAAAGAGCUGAGUCUGAGAGACUAUCAGAUGGAAGUGGCCAAACCAGCUUUGGAAGGGAAAAAUAUUGUUAUAUGCCUUCCCACAGGCACUGGCAAGACUCGAGUUGCCGUUUACAUUGCCAAAGACCACUUAGAUAAAAAAAGAAAAGCAAAAGAGUGUGGAAAGGUUAUAGUUCUUGUCAACAAGGUGCCAUUGGUGGAACAGCAUUUAGAGAAUGAAUUUGGUCCCUAUUUGAAGCAUUCGUACCGAACAAUAGGGCUGAGUGGGGCGUCUCAGCUGAAAUUUUCAUUCCCUGAACUAAUUAGAGAGUAUGAUGUGAUUAUUUGUACGGCUAAGAUCCUGGAGAAUGCAUUGGAGAAAGUGUAUGAAGAUGAUGAAGAAGGAGUCCAGUUAUCAGUGUUCUCCUUGAUGAUCAUUGACGAAUGCCAUCAUACCCAGAAAGAAGCUGUCUAUAACAAUAUAAUGCGUUACUACUUAAAAGAAAAAAGGGAAAAUGAAAAGCGAAAGAAAGAAGGAAAGCAACUGGUGGCUCAGCCUCAGAUCCUGGGGUUGACGGCCUCACCCGGAGUAGGAGGUGCAACGAAUCACUCAAAAGCAGAGGAACAUAUUCUAACAAUAUGUGCCAACCUGGAUGCAGAUGAGAUUGUGACUGUUCAAGAGCACAUUGUGCAACUGCAACAGCAAGCAAAAGAACCUAUUAAGAAGUUUGAGAUUGCAGAUGUCAAAAAGAAGGAUCCAUUUAGAGAGAAACUUGUCAAUAUUAUGACUGAGAUUCAAAGCUAUGGCCAAUUCAGUCCAAACGUUGAUUUUGGAUCACAGGCCUAUGAACAGUGGGUAAUUCAGGAAGAAAAGAAAGCUGCCAAGGAAGGGACUCGCAAAGAGCGGGUAUGUGCAGAACACUUGAAGAAAUACAACGAUGCCUUGCUGAUUAAUGAUACUACCCGAAUGAUUGAUGCCUAUAACCAUCUGAAGAACUUUUAUGAGGAAGAAAGGAGCAGAAAGAUGGCAAUGGAUGAAGAUAAGGAAGAUGAACUCAUAGCCUCACAACUAGAUGAAACCGAUACAAGUCUUAUAGAGUUAUUUUAUGACAAACAAAGAGAGCUGGAAGAGUUAGCUGAAAAACUAGAAUAUGAAAAUGAAAAACUAACAAAGUUGCGCGCAACUUUAAUGCAACAAUUCACAAAGAGCAAUGAACCGAGAGGAAUUAUUUUCUCAAAAACUCGUCAAAGUGCCUUUGCUAUCUAUCGGUGGAUUAAUGAUAAUCCCAAAUUUGAAGAAGUUGGAGUGAAGGCUCACUACCUCAUUGGUACAGGACAUAAUAGUGAAUUUCAGCAUAUGACUCAGAAUGAACAAAAAGAUAUCAUUCAAAAGUUCCGCACUGGCAAAAUCAACCUACUAAUUGCUACUACCGUAGCAGAGGAAGGCCUGGAUAUCUCACAGUGCAACAUUGUUAUACGCUAUGGUCUUGUUACCAAUGAAAUAGCGAUGAUGCAGGCUCGGGGAAGAGCUCGAGCGGAAGAAAGCGUUUAUGUGCUUGUAGCUUCAGAUGGAUCAGGAGCUGCUGAACGUGAAAAUGUUAAUAUGUUUCGUGAGAAAAUGAUGCAUCGAGCAAUUAAGCGUGUCCAAAAGAUGCCACGUGAAAAGUAUUUGUAUAAGAUCAAAGAGCUUCAACUGCAAAGCUGCAUGGAGAUGAAAAUGAAGGCAAAGAAAAUACAGUUUAAACAAUACAAGGAGAACCCCUCCCUGAUCAUGUUCCACUGCAAAAACUGCAAAGAUCCAAAAUGCUCAGGAGACGAUAUUCAAGUUAUUUUAGAUAGUCAUCAUGUCAAUGUUAAAAAGGAAUUUGCGGACCUUUAUAUUGUAAGGGAAAAUAAGACACUGCAAGCAAAACAAGCAGAUUAUCAAACAAAUGGGGACAUUAUCUGUAGAAAUUGUGGCCAGAUUUGGGGAACUAUGAUGGUAUACAAAGGUCUAGAUCUUCCUUGCUUAAAAAUAAAAAAUUUUGUGGUGUAUUUCAAAGAUAAGAAAUCCACCACAAAGAAAAUAUACAAACAAUGGAGAGAACUAGCCAUUAAUUUUCCAGCUUUCAGUUAUGCAGAUCAUUAUAUUUCUAGCGAAGAAGAUUAAGAAGGCCAACUCUAAAGACAGAUGGGAACUUUUUCUGCCUUCAGGUUUCCAAAGACAAGUUCAAACAAACCUUUUUCUUAUGCCUGAAUGUCCGCAGAUAAUGUGCAAAAACUUUCCAUUUUUUCUGUAUCAUUCAGGGUUCUGUAUUUCUGAAGAGAGACAGUUCAGAUCUAAGUCACUGUGUGAAAAGAAAAAAGUAGUUCCUACAUCUACAUCUCUAACCAGGAUGUAAAAUGAUUCGGUGUGAGAGUUUACUUUUUAUUUUGAUGGGAUUUUCUGCAGUGGACAAAAAAGCCAUGCUAAUAUAGAAUUAUUUUAUUAAACUGCAUAAAAGAUCGGGAAAAUGUUUUAAAAUGUUUUAAAAUAAAAUUAGCGUUUUAUUUCAUUGCCAAUUCUUUCGUUACUUAAUGUGCAGCUAACACAGGCGGUCCUCCACUUACAACAGUUCAUUUAGUGACCGUUCGAAGUUACAACGGCACUGAAUUAUGGUGACAUGACCAUUUUUCACACAUAUGACCAUGGUCAUGUGAUUUAUAUUUGGAUGCUUGGUAACUUCAUAUUUAUGAUGGUUGCAGUGUCCCCGGGUCAUUGAUCAUCUUUUGUGACCUUCUG